AUGGCCACCCCCGAGUUUGACUACAUCAUCGUCGGAGGCGGACUAACAGGCUGCGUCGUCGCCUCCCGCCUCAAACAGCGCAACCCGUCGCUGGACAUCCUCCUCCUCGAAGCAGGCGUCGACGCCUCCAACAACCCCGAUGUCAAGACCUACCCACCGCUCUUCUCUCUCCUUGGCUCAGACUUAGACUGGGCGUACGCCACAACGGCCCAACCACAUACGGCGGACAGGGUCCACACUGUGCACGCGGGAAAAGCUCUCGGUGGAGGGACGACCAUCAACUUUGGUGGCUGGAGUCGUGGCGAUUCAACGGAUUACGAUCUCUGGGCUGAGACGGUCGGAGAUCAGCGCUGGGGGUAUGAGGGUCUCUUGCCGUACUUUUGCCGGUCGGAAUCGUUCUUUGAUCGCGGGGCUGAUCAUCGCGAACAUGGGUUUGAGGGGCCGGUGCGUGUGACGUCUGUGUCUGCGAGGGAUCCGGACAGACAGUAUCCGCUGCGAGAACCGAUCAGGGAUGCGUGGCUUGAGAUUGGAGAGCAGUUCAACUCAAGUCCAGGCACUGGCAGGUCAUCAGGCGUCGUUGAGUUCCUCGAGACAUGGCAGGGCGGGGAGCGGCAGGCUGCGUAUCAGGCUUAUAGUCUCGACGGGGUGCACUGCAUUACCGGGGCUACGGUGCACAAGGUUGAAGUUACCGGCCCGGAAAGAACUGCAUCUGCUGUCCUCCUUGCAGAUGGUCGUCGCUUCGCAUCACGGAGGGAAGUCAUCCUCGCGGCUGGGGCACUACGCACUCCGCAGCUUCUGAUGCUCUCUGGAAUCGGACCAGCAGAGGUACUAGCAGAGCACGGAAUCGCACUCAUCGUUGAGUCCCCAGAAGUCGGCAAGAACCUCAUCGACCACUUCGCGCUGUACCAGCUCUACAAGCUGCGCGAACCCGACCGCGGCCUUGCCCUAGGAAGUCCCAAGCUCACCCACCCAGCCCUAACCCAGGGCUUCCCCGUAGACUGGGCCGUCAACCAGCAAGUGCCCAAAACGAUCCUCGAGCCAGCCGUGCAGAAGGACAAAGAACGAUUCGGCCCCAACACAGACGAAUCAGUUUUGAUCCCCGGUCGCCCCCUCGUCGAGACACUGAUCUUGUACACGCCGAUCGGAAUGCCCGCAGACGGCACCCUCAUCAUGACCUCGACCAUGCUCCUGUCCGCAACAUCCCGCGGCACGGUGAGCAUCAGCUCCGCAUCUCCCACCGCGCCCCCGGAAAUCAACUCGAACUACUACGACACCGAAACCGACCGGGCGGUUCUUAUCUACGGCGCCCGCCGCACGGCGAGAGCACUGCUUGGCACAUCGGCUCUAAAGGAGUACGUCGAGGCCGAGGUCCCGCCACCGGGGAUGCCGGCUUUGACGCCGAACUCGUCAGACAAGGAAUUUGACGCCCGCAUUCGGGCGACUGGUAUGGCGCACCAUCAUCCUGCCGGGACGGCUGCAAUGGGCAAGGUUGUUGAUAGCGAGAUGAGGGUGAUGGGGGUUGAGAACCUGCGCGUUGUGGAUGCGAGUGUUCUCCCCGUUGGUAUUGGCGGUCAUCCGCAGGCGACGCUUUAUGCGGUUGCUGAGCAGGCUGCUGAGAUUAUCUUGCAGGCCAACAUGGACGAGUGGCCGUGA